CUUAUGAUCUAUGGAGCACUUCGUCUUUGACGUCUGUGGCGUCACGGCUGUACACGUGCGCAGCUGAUCAAUUAACGAUGAUUUAGAUAUCGGAAAAAAGGGAGAAAGGGAGAGAAAAAGAGGAGAGUCCGCAAUCUCUGAGAAGUCCCCGGAUCGCCUGCGUGCGAGUGACAGUCGUCGCGAUAACGUCGGGAGCCGCGAGCUGUCAUGGAGACGGCCGAUCAGCUGACGAGCGACAAGGAGACCGCGGACGGGGUACGGCGGGGUACGUCGCGGGCCCUCUGCGAGAGCGACGAGAUCGAGAACUCGGACGAGAGCAGCGAGAGCAGACCCUCCGGGGAGAGAUGGGCUCCGGUGGGCGCCAACGACGGCGACGAGUUCGGGGACGAGUACAAAUACGUCAACGCCAAUGUCGAGGAUCUUACGUACGAUAUGGAGAGGGUGAAGAUGCUGGAGGAGGAACAGGAGAUGUUGAACUCAUCUUUGAUAGCACUAACCACUCACUUUGCUCAGGUUCAGUUUCGUCUACGGCAGAUCGUGGACGCGCCAGCCAGCGAAAAGGAAACACUGCUCAAAGAGUUGGAGGAAUUCGCAUUUAGGGGAAUACCGGAUGUACCCAAUAGUUUAUUGUUAGAGAGCAGAUCUAUCACGCCGAUCUCUCCCGUAGCCUGUGAUCGAAGUGUGACUGAUGUAAUUACUGAUGCGGAAGUAGAGUCUAAGAUGGCAUUGCAGAGAACGAAGCAGAGAGAACUGAUAAGUCAAUUGAAGUCUCAGUUGGAGGACCUCGAAAAGUAUGCUUACGAAACCGGUGACGCCGAUCUACCCCAAAGCGUCAUCCUCGAGAGGCAAAAUAUCAUAAUUAGUCACUUGAAAGAGAAGCUGAACUUCGACGUCGACGACCUGUGCAAGUUGCCAGCGGAUGAUCUCAGGUGGCAAGUCGAUUACGCCAUAAGUCAAAUCGUCAGCCCGUUGAAGAUGAAGGAGCAACUCGUCUGCCAGUUGAAGACCCAGGUGGCCGACCUGGAGCGCUUCAUCAACUACCUCCAGGGCGAGGUCAGUACGGAGACCUUAGCUUGCACGUGCGCGUGUCCGGUUCACGCGGGUGGUUCCGGUGCCUCGUCGACCUCGUACAACUCGAAACGGCGCUUCGACCGAGGACGAGGGUCAGCCGUCGAAGAUGACGUAAACCGCACCAGGACUUUGAACACCGUGCGGAAGGUGGUCGCGCUCCUGCACAUGUUCCUGAUGUCGCAGCUGGGCUGCGGCAGCGAGAGGGUGCGGCGUAACUUCGGGAUGAAGAGGAACCCGGUGCAUAGUUGGCGCGAUCUGCGCACCAGGCUGGACAUCGCCGUCGAGCACGUCCUGGAGACGCUCGCGGAGAUGUCGCAGCGGCGGGACCAGCAUCGCCAGCAGCAUCCCGACGACGAGGAGGACGACGACGACGACGACGACGACGACGACGUCGUCGUCGAUGACGAGAACGAUUACACGUCCGACUCGGACACGGCGUCCCACGCCAGCGCGAGGCUCACCUCCGCGGUGAGGAAGCACCUCGCCGUCUCCGUCAGGGAUCUCGUCCAGCACGGCCUGACCGCGGACGUGACGCGCUCCGGAUCCAGCGUCGUCCCGUUCGUCGGCUGCUUCCCCCAGCGCGACGUCACCUCGGCGAACUUCAUGCACGUCUGGGAACUGAUACUGAAGUACUACGAGAUCAAGAACGGCCAACGUUACAACUCCAGUCCCGCGCAGAAGCUGUCGCAGAGCUUCAACCUCGACCUCGCCGCGGGCAGGAUAGCCUCCUCGAAGCAGAGUUUAUUGACGACUAUAGGUAACAUUAUCGCCUCCCACAGUCCAUACAAGAGAAGUUACGAUUCGCACUUUAAGGCGUUUGUAUGUGCGGCUUUGAAUGCGAAUAAACUGGUGACAUGGCUAAAGUUGAUCUUGCAAUGCCAAUAUCUUUUGGAAAAUUAUUAUCUCUCGUGGAGUUACGUCGUAAAGACAGGUUUCCAGGACGCGUUUCACACCUUGGACCGCCUUACCAGUUACAAGUUCAACUUGCCAGUGGACCUGGCUGUGCGACAGUUUCAGAACAUAAAGGACGCAUUUUGAUUGUACAAUCUCACCGUUAAUAUUUCAUGCAAAUGACAAUGUAGGACGUAGACCUUAUACAUACAUGUAUCUUCCGUAAACACAAAAGCUAUAAGACGAGAAAUUGUGAAAACGCGAGCGAUAAAAGUGUACAAGGCGAGUCACUGGAAAUAGAAUAUACAGGGUGUCCUAUAGGAAAUUGCUGAAACUAAUCAAUUGUCAUU